AGAUAUCCACCAGGUGGCAUCAAACCUGCACAGUUCGUUACAAUAAACCGUGUGCACAGUGCAUGUCAGAAUGGAUAAUUUACCACAAAUGCAGGCGUGGAGAAAGAUGGAGGUGAAGGUGUCAAAAAUGAACAAAUUACUGGCCAAAAGGGCCCCCAUGGAUAUAGAGUUCAACGAUCUCACCUACACGAUACCACUCGGCAAAAAUGCGUCGAAAAUGAUCUUGCGAGGUGUAAGUGGAUAUUUCAAAUCUGGAGAACUCACGGCAAUUUUAGGACCGUCUGGAGCCGGGAAAAGCACAUUGCUAAAUGUUUUAGCAGGUUAUAGGUCAGAAGAUGGCGGGGGACAAAUAAUGGUUAAUGGGCACCCUAGAGAUUUGAACAUUUUCAGAAAAAUCUCAAGGUACAUUAUGCAAGAGGACUGCCACCAGAAAGGUCUCACAGUAUUCGAGAGCGUUAUGAUAUCAACAGAUUUGAAACUAGGUACAAAGUUUUCACAGGACCAAAAGCAGCACAUGGCAUUGGAGAUAAUGGAAUUAUUAAGACUGACUAAGUGUAAAGACACAUUAACAACCAAGCUAUCUGGAGGAGAGAAAAAACGAUUGUCAAUUGCUGUUGAGCUUGUUGACAACCCUCCCGUAUUAUUUCUAGAUGAACCAACCACGGGACUUGACGACCUGUCUAGCUCUCAGUGUAUAUCUCUACUUAAGAGUCUUGCACAAGGGGGAAGAACAGUGAUUUGUUCUAUUCACACACCAAGUGCCAAAUUAUUUGCCCUUUUCGACAAUGUUUAUAUUGUCGCGGAAGGCCAGUGUGUCUUCCAAGGGCUAGGUGAAGACAUCGUGCCAUUUUUAGCAAUACAGGGACUUCAUUGUCCGACACAUUUUAACCCUGCUGACUUUAUAUUAGAAGUAUCAAGUGGAGAAUAUGGUUAUUACGUAGACAAAAUGUCUGCAGCUGUUGAAAACGGAAGAUGUCGGAGAUGGAACAGAAAAAACAGUAUUGAACAGUUCAAUAGGGAAAUGUCCGAUGCAGAGCUACAACAGUUGAAAAAAAGUGCUGACUAUGGCUGUUCGACAUGGGCACAAUUUCUUAUCAUAAUUAGCCGAAUGUUUCUUCAAUUUUGGCGGAACAUGAGCUAUCAACUUUUAAUCAUAUUUAUGCACGUACUCAUUGGAUUGGUGAUAGGAGGCCUUUUUUACAACUUUGGAAAUGAUGCCUCAAAGACUUUAUUCAACUUUGGGUUUUGCUACGUUUCAAUGAUUGUAUUUAUGUACACUCCCAUGCUUCCAGCCUUAGUAUGGUUUCCUAUGGAAGUGCAACUAAUUAAGAGAGAACAUUUUAAUCGAUGGUAUAACCUGAAUUCUUAUUUCAUGGCUAUUACUCUUUCAAGGCUACCAAUGCAGUUGAUGUGCAGUUUCAUAUAUGUAGCAAUAGUAUACUUUAUGACAAAUCAACCAAUGGAAUUGGAAAGAAUAUUAAAAUUCACCAUGAUAAUAACAUUAAUUGCUCUAGCUUCUGAAGCUUUAGGUUUAGCUAUAUCAUCUAGACUAGAUAUUGUUAAUGGUAUUUUUGUUGGACCAGCCCUCUCAGUACCGUUCAUGCUCCUUGCUUCCUACAGUUUUGGCAUCGGUAGUCAAAAAGUACCGACAUGGAUUUGGAUCGGUAUGCAAAGUAGUUACUUGAGAUUCGGCAUUCAAGGAUUAGUCGUUGCAAUUUAUGGUGAUGGAAGGCAGUCUAUGGUCUGUCCUAAGGAGGAAAUGUACUGUCCAUUCAAAGCCCCGAGGGCAUUGCUCAAAGAAAUUGGUAUGGAAAACAGUGAUUACUGGAGUGCUGCUGGUUUACUCUUUCUCUAUUUAAUUUUGUUCAAACUCAUCUGUUAUUUGAUAUUGAGAAAAAGGUUGAGAAGAGAAAGGUCAACAGGCCUUGCAUUUGUUAUCACCAGGUUUGUUAAAAGUCAUUUCAACCUAGCUCACUAUUAAAUUGCCAAUUUUUUUUUUACAUUUCAAAUGGCUAAAUGGUUUUUCAAGUUUAGACAGUUCCUUUUUAGGAAAAUCUUUCUAGGGACCAAUUUUUAUUAUUAUUAUCACUUUUGUUAAAACAAAAAGAAAUCAAAACUGUGGUUUUAGUGUAGUUUUGAAAUUGGUGGUGUGUAAUUUCAUUCUGUCUGUGAUUUAUUUACUUAUAGUUUUGCUCAAUAUUUGUACAAUUUGAUCAAAAGUGCCUUUAUCUUUGAAAGAAAUGAAGAAAAAAAAAUUAAUUUCAAAUUCAUAUUUUAUAAAGUUAAUUUAGGCGUUAUAUUUCUGGAAUCCUUUUCUUUUGUUUUGUUAGUUUAUUCAGCCUAGUAUGAUAUAAAAAAUGUAUUUAUUUAUAUUUUGUACAAUGAAAUAUAGUUUAUAAGGCUAUUUUCAUGCAAGUUUAUUGAAAUGUGAAAAAUUUGUACAUUAAUUAUGUAUCUUUAAAAAAAAAAUUCUGUCAGAAUAGCAUUUGAUUAGAAGUAACUUCUAGUAAGUUCUGUUAGUUUAGUUUAAUAACUGCUCAGAUAGCUUUAUUGUAUGAUAAGUGUGUAAUUAUUAUAUACAAUAAUGUAAACAUUGAAAGAUAACAGACAUGUUCUCUGUUACUAUUUGUGACAUAAAAAAAUAUUUAUUUUAUAUAAGAAAACAAAGU